GCCCUCCUUCCGACGGAUUCUGGAGUGGCUCCGCUUUCCCCUCCGUCGCCGUCUUUGCCCACCUUCCGAAUGGACCCCCCGGUGAAGUCGGGGCCGCUGCUGCUCCAGCAACCGCCGGGGUUGCUCCUGGGGGCCAAGCGGUGGAAGUCCCAGUGGUUUGUCCUGUACCCAGCAAGUCUUCACGGAGUUGCCCGUUUGGAGUUCUUUGACUGCAAGGAGGGGGCCACCCCAGUGGACCGGAUCAGUACCAAGAAGCUGGACAAGAAGAUUGUGCGGCUGGCAGAUUGCGUGAGUGUGGCUCCUGCCUUGGACUGCAGCCCCAAGGAGGGCUUGGCCGCCUUCUGCCUGGAGACCAACAGCCGCACCUACGUCUUCGCCACUGAGCCACAGGAGGCAGCUGACUGGGUGGCGAAGCUCUGUGAGGCAGCCUUCCUGACUAACCCUGGGAAAAUGACCCCGUCCGCUACGGAGAGCAUUGGACAACGGGACCUGGAAAUGGCCACAAACUCCAUUUACUGCUCCAGAGAAGAAGUGAAUGAGUUCUGGGUCACGGUGCAGAAGACCGAAGCUGCCGAGCGCUGCAAGCUGCAAGGGAGGUACGUGCUGAAGGCCUCUUGGAAUGAGCUCAUCCUCAAGGAGGCCCCCUCCAGCGUGGCCCUCUACACGUGGCCCUAUCGCCUCCUCCGCAGAUACGGCAGGGACAAGGUGAUGUUCUCCUUCGAAGCCGGCCGGCGCUGUGAAUCCGGUCCCGGCAACUUCACCUUUGAGACCAAGCAGGGCAACGAGAUCUUCAACGUGGUGGAGGCUGCAAUCCAGGCCCAGAAGGCCCAAGUGGAAGAGCAUCGGCAAAGCAGCAGCUCCCUUGAGAUGGAGGCUCCUUCCAGCGCCUUCUCCCUCCAUAACGCCGUGGCCAACUCCCUCAGCCUGGAGGGCGAGGGCCCUGCUGUUGCUGCUGCUGCUGCUGCUUCGGAGAGGCGGGCGCCCAGGAGCGCCCUGGCAGCCUGGCCCAGCGUUGCCGGGGAGGGGAAGGAAGCCGCUGCGCCCAAAGGGCAGAACCCGUGGCCGAAAGGGCAGAACUCCUCGGUGUGGCCCUCUUUCUCUGGGGCGCCUGGAUCUUUGGAGGACACCAACAACGUCUACUCUGAGCCUCUGGACGCGGUGAAGGGCUCGCAGCUCUGGCCAGACUUCGUCUACGCUGACCCCGUGGACAGCCAGCGUCUGGAAGAAGGGCCGGGCUGGGGCUCCGGCCUGGCGGAGGAGCAGCUCAGGCCACAGACCGGCAAGGGCCACGGGCUGCCGAGCGGCAAGCAGCACAUCUACGAUGAGCCUGAGGGGAGGGCCCCGUGGCCCACUCCGCCUUUGGCUGCCAUCUACGAUGAGGCGCGCCUCCCCUGCGAGGCCUGGCGGACUCAGGGCUUGGAGAGCCAAGCUGGCUACGAGUUGCCGUGCCUUCCUGGAACCGGGGAUUAUGCCGUCCCUGCCUUCCACCAAAAGGCCGGGCUGAAACCCCCCAGGCCCAGCCCCACCCCCAAGCCUCCCCGGACGCACAAGAAAUCCACUCAGCCGGAGGCCAGCAAGCCCAAAGCGGCCCCCGCCGCAGAGGGGCUGCGGAACAGCAACAACAGCAACAACGGCGGCGACCCAAUCUACAGCCGUGUGCUCAAGCCACCCUCGGCCCCCGGCCCUUUGGGACCCGAGCAGUCGGUGGACGAGAGCCGGCUGGCCGCGGUGUACGAAGACCUUGGGGAGAUCUGAGAAGGGACCCUGAGCUGGGCUGGAGCCGGAGCAGCCUUUCCAGCCUGCUAGGAAGGGCGGCCAGCCACGCUUAACACAUUCUCGGAAGCCCCCAAGCAACAGCCACCUUGUUGGGCAGUGAAGGCUGCCUCUUCCAAGUGGGCCCCGGCCUAGCCUGAGGGCCACACGGGCCAAGCCAGGAAGCCACUGUGUGGGAAGGGCCUCCAAAGGAAGGAAGGACGGACCCCUGGGGAACACACAGCCGCCUCCUGGCCCUCGGGGCCCAUUGCUUCUUUGGGACUGUAGCCUUUGGCAGCGAGCCCAGAAAGCCUCCCAUUUAGGAAGAGGACGCUUCUCUUGGUUGCUGAAGAAUAUUGGGGCCCAUUCCUCCCCCCACCCCCCGCCAUGUCAGAGGCAGCCUGCGUGGUGGGCUGAGGCUGCUCUGGGACCGUGCCUGAGGCUGCCUUGCCUCUGCAGGAGGCUGAGAAGGGCUCCUGGGGCAGCGGAAGCCAUGCCGGGGCGUUCGUGGGAAGGAGACUCUCGCUUGCUCAGGCUGUCACAAGGGCGGUUUAUUGACGCAGAGGAUGUGGCUGAGCCAGACCGGAAGAGGGAUGAACAGCAGGAACCAGGAAGUGCCACAAGCAGCCCCUCCCCCCUCUGCACACUCCCCCACGGAGCCCAGAGGAGUGGGGGAGGAACAGGCAGGUUGCCCCCCUCCUCCCCCCUCCUGCCCGAGGCUUGCAGGGAACAUCCCUGCCUCCCCCCCCUCCGUGGAGUCUUCUGGGCUGCUGCCAAAGAA